AAAUAAUCUUUAUAAAUGUAUUCAAAAACAUUAAGAAACAUCUCUAAAAUUAUAUAUAAUUGUACAUAACAAUCAAAGGAUUUUGGGUUUGAUGCGGAAUACUUAUAUCAUCCAUAAAACCCAUUAAAUUUCGUUAAUGUACAAUUAAUAUUGAUUUUAGGGCAAAAGCAUUCUUUAUGAAAGUUAGCUUUUUAAUAGAGUUAGAAAUUACUACAUAUUGGUUACUGCCUUUGGAGGAUAUGUUACAUAUUUUAGUGCCAAAAAAUUAUACAAUUAUUAAAAUAGAUCAUUGGUUGGAAUUCUUUUCUACUUUGGAAUAUUGGGCAUUACAUUUCGUUCAAUGAGAAAUAUAUAAACUCAAUAUCAAAGACUCUUAAUGUAAAUCAUAAUUGAAUAUUUAAAAGAUAAAUUGAUCUGCUACCAUGCGGUAGAAAAGUAUUAAUAUAGUAUCCCAAUAUUUAUGGACUCACCUCAUCAAAACAAAUUGAUAUUGCAACAAUUUCAAGACCAAAAGAUGUCUAUGAAAAAAACUUAUAAAAAAUGGAACAUGUAUUUCCUAUAAUUAUGGAUAUGUAACUGCAGUAUCUUCAUCGUAACCCUGAUUUUAUAGUGAAUAAAGAAAUUUUACCUGCAGUAAUGAAUGCAAAAUAUAUCAAAGUUGAUUGA